AUGGCCUUCACAGACCUGCUGGACACCCUGGGUGGCGUGGGCCGCUUCCAGCUCAUCCACACGGCGCUGCUGCUGCUGCCCUGCAGCCUGCUGGCCUGCCACAACUUCCUGCAGAACUUCACGGCUGCCGUGCCCCCCCACCACUGCCAGAGCCCCCCCAAUCACACCGCGGCCACCGCCAAUGACUCGGGGGCCUGGUUGAGGGCCACCAUACCCCUGGACCGAUUUGGGGUCCCUGAGCCAUGCCAGCGCUUCACCGAACCUCAGUGGGCCCUCCUGCACCCCAACACCUCCGUCCCUGGGGCAGCCACGGAGGGCUGCAAGGACGGCUGGGCCUACGACCGCAGUGUUUUCCCGUCCACCAUCGUGAUGGAGUGGGAUCUGGUGUGUGAGGCCCGAACCCUCCGAGACCUGGCUCAGUCCAUCUACAUGGCCGGGGUCCUGGUGGGUGCGGCUGUGUUUGGCAGCCUUGCAGACAGGCUGGGCCGCAAGGCCCCGCUGGUCUGGUCGUAUUUGCAGCUGGCGGUGUCUGGGGCCGCCACGGCCUACUUCAGCUCCUUCGGGGCCUACUGUGCCUUCCGGUUCCUGAUGGGCAUGACCUUCUCCGGCAUCAUCCUCAACUCCCUCUCUCUGGUUGUGGAGUGGAUGCCCACCCGGGGCCGCACCGUGGCGGGGGUCCUGCUGGGCUUCUCCUUCACGCUGGGCCAGCUCAUCCUGGCCGGCACGGCCUACCUGAUCCGCCCCUGGCGGUGGCUGCAGUUUGCCGUCUCUGUCCCGUUCCUCGUCUUUUUCCUGUAUUCUUGGUGGCUUCCAGAGUCCUCCCGGUGGCUCCUCCUGCAGGGCAAGUGCCAGCUGGCGGUGCAGAACCUGCGGAAGGUGGCGGCCAUGAACGGGCGGAAGGAGGAAGGGGAGCGGCUGACCAGGGAGGUGGUGAGCUCCUUCAUCCAGAGCGAAUUUGCAAGCGUCCGCACCUCCAACUCCAUCUUGGACCUCUUUCGAACCCCAGCCAUCCGCAAGGUCUCCUGCUGCUUGAUGCUGGUCUGGUAGGUGAUGGGCCCACAUCUCUGAGCUGAGGCGGGGGACACGUCCUUCACCCCCCACCAACAAG